AGGCCAGACCAGGAAGCAGCUGAGCAGCCCUGGAAAUGCAGAGCUUUCAGUGGCCUAGGACCCGGUUUGGGAGCUUUGACUCCAGGCCACUGGCCUCAUAGAUGAAGACGGUCUCUGCUGGGACCAGUGCCCGGAGGCAGCGUGCCAGUCUGGCGGCUGGGGUCCAGCGGAGCACAGCAUGCCCGUUGCUGCUGCUCUUGUUGGAACUGGUGCUGGAGAGCACAGCAGAGAGCCCCUGGGCGCUGCCUGUGGUAGCUGAUCGCCCAGCAUCCUUCGCAAAGGUUGUGAUGGCAGAACUGGCCAACCUGAAGCCAGAAAACAAGUCGUGGCCUGGAGGGACGCACUCCCUCCACUACCACUACCUCACCCUGUCGGAGCCAGGCCCUGGCCUCCCCAGGUUUCUGGCUGUAGGCUACAUGGACAACCAGCCCUUCCUGCAGUACGACAGUCGUGUGGGCAGGGCUGAGCCCCAGGCCCCAUGGAUGGCGUCCAUGGACACCCAGUACUGGGAGACGGAGACCCAGAAGUACAGGGCCUGGGCAGAGGUGCAGCAGGUGAACUUGUGGAACGUGAUGAGCUACUACAACCAGAGUGGCGGUGCGUCAGGCGGGCCCCCCACCCCUGAGGACAACUUCUCCAGCAGCUUCUGGCAUUUCGGCUUUGAUGGGCAGGAUCAUGUGUCCCUGGACUUGGAGACUCUGAGCUGGGUGUCAGCUGAGCCUGUGGCCAUACAGACCAAGCGUGUGUUGGAUUCAGAGCGCUGCUAUGCUGAGUAUGACAAGGCCUACCUGGAAAGCCUCUGCCUCACCUCUCUGUGCAGGUUUCUGGAGCUGGGAAGCCAGAUCCUCACCCGGAGAGAGCCGCCCACAGUGCAGGUGACAAGGCACACAACCCAGGACAGGAGUGCCACACUGAGGUGCUGGGCCCUGGGCUUCUACCCGCAGGAUAUCUCCCUGAGCUGGUGGCUGGGAGAGGAGGAGCUGGCCCUGGAGACUGAGUACGUGGAGACAUGCCCCAGCGGGGACGGCACCUACCAGACAUGGGCUGCUGUACAGGAGCCAGCGGGGAAGGAGGCUGCAUACACUUGCCGCGUGCAGCACUCUGGCCUGAAUGACGUGCUCACCAUGGCUUGGGAACCACCCUCUAGUCAAGGACUUAUUGCCAUGGUUACCUGCCCCCUCCUCUUCUUGCUGGUGGUGGGAGUUGUGAUCUUGACCAAGAGAUACCUUCAAGGCAAGAAUAAGGAACCUUAUGAGCAAGCCCCAGGUGGAGAGGAACCCCUAUAAUUCUCAAAGCCCAGUGAGAACAGCAGCUGCUCACCUGCUCUGCUGACAGAAGUUCACUGUCACAGACCAAGGACUUGUUCUGGGCGGUGUGUGGGGGCCUGGAAGCCCCCUGCACUGGCGGGCUGGCAGAUGUUAUCUGAACAUAUGGGGCCUACUCUGCCUCCCAAACUGAGCACUCCUCACCCUCAUUACCCUCCUUAAAAGUGGUCUGUGCCACUAAGAUGGCUUUGCCAUCUUCCUGAAGUCCUUUCAAAAAAUGUGACUGUUUCCUGUUUGGGGAGAGGGGAGGGGGCAGUAAUAAUUCCUCAGAGCUUUCACAAUUGACAGUUUGUGGCACAACUUCAUGUGCAGUGUGACUCUCACUGAAGCCUCUCAGGCACCCUGUGACACUCCCAACACAGGUGUGUGUGGUGUGGCUGCAGGUGAGUGUGGUGUGAGGGUGUCCUUGUAUAGCUGAGAAGGAGCUUACAGGGACAGGUGCUCAGGGCAAGCUGUGGGAGGGGAAACAACCCAGUCCCUAUUUUCCUGUCCUUUUCAAUGGUUUGUGUUUUUACAAUAAGUACAUGUGGUUUUGCCAUAACGUUCCCAUGUUACGAUGUAAGAUGUCUAAACAUAGAAGACUUCAUUCCACUCACUAUUCCAUUUUAUCCUUACAUUUUAAAAGCUUCCCCCCACCCCCAUAUCUAUCUUGGGAAUAAAACAGUGCAAGAGUGUUGUUUAAAAA